GAUUUUCUUUGUGUUUGUAUUCUUCUUGCGUGCUUUCCUUCGAUCCUCAGUCGCGUACGUAGUCGUUCGCACCGAGCUUGCGCAGUGGUUCAGCCCCGCCCUUAUUAUUAUUGUUAGUACUACUUUUAUCAUUUUUAGGUUCUCAUUUCGUGGUGUACCCCCUCGACGAUACACGCACAUAUUUGUGGUUUUCGCCCGGUCCGCACCGCCGCGUACUCGCCCUCUUCCCAUUCAUCCUUGUGUUCUCGUGUUGUCUUCGACGCUAUCCAAAAGAACCCACCAACCAAGAAGGACUCGACAGCAGCGCCCAUCCACGCACACUCCACCACGUUUCUUCUCGCUAGCCUUCCCCGUCACUCGCGCCUCCCCCCCUUCCUUCGUCUACCGCGCAGUCAUGGUCGAGGCGUGCUUUGUGUGCCUGGACUCCACGGAGUACAUGCGCAACGGCGAUCAGUACCCCACCCGCAUGAUGGCGGAGCAGGACGCCGCCUGCCUGCUCAUCAACGCCAAACUCCAAGCCAACGCUGAAAACACUUUAGGCUUCCUCACCACGGGCGGCAACGCAUGCGUCGUGCACGAGACGCUCACGAACAACGUCGACGCCGUGAUGACGUCCAUCGGCAACGUGCCUGUCACGGGCAAACGCUGCAACUUCAGCGCCGGCCUGCAGAUCGCGUCUCUCGCGUUGAGCCACCGCACCAACCCGCGUGCCGAGAAGCGCAUCGUGGCCUUCGUUGGCAGCCCGGUGACGGAGAGCGAGGCGGAGCUGGAGGCGCUGGCGAAGAAGCUGCGCAAGGACGACGUUGCCGUGGACAUCGUUGCCUUUGGCGUGGAGAGCAACAUUGAGCUGCUGCGCGGCUUUGUAAAUAAGGUGUCCAAGAAGGAGAACUCGCGCUUUCUCUCGGUGGCCCCGCGGGAGAAUCUGACGGACAAGCUCAUGGGGGACGCGAUUCUGCUCGGCGAGGACGCGCCGGAGGGCAGGGAGGGCGGCGCGUCCGGCAUGGCCGGCUUCGGCGUGGACCCGAACACGGACCCUGACCUCGCCAUGGCGCUGCGGCUGUCGAUGGAGGACGAACUGCAGCGACAGGCGGCCGUCGCCGCGACCACAGCGGGGACGGGGGCGAACACGGCUCCCGCCACCACAUCUGCCGCCCCUGCGCAGCCGGCCGCUCCGCAAACCCGCGCGGACAACGACGAGGUGGACUACGAAAACAUGUCGGAAGAGGAGCUCAUUCGGCGUGCCAUCGCACUCUCGCUACAGGAGGCGGAACAAGAGCUGCCGCCGCAGCCAACCACCGCAACCUCCGCUGAGGGACAGCCGCCCUCGACGAGCGAGGCCCAUAAGAACGAGGAGGACAACGUGGACGACUUUGCGAAGGGCGUCGAGGACGCGUUGAAGAAGGACGAAGAUAAGAAGAACGAGGAGGAGUGA